UUCAUUUGGCGGAAUGCAAAGACACAGCAUGGGUGUGUGCUCUUCUGGGCCAUAAAGAUAGAACCAGGCAGUAGUCAUGUGGCAGUGUGACAGCCAUGCUGGUUACAAUAAACUAAAGUGAAACGAAGCCCGGGGAAGAAGAAUCGUGUUGUGCAAUGAUGACUGCAUCCGGAUAAAUAGCUAAAGGAGAAAUGCGCUCAACUUCUGUAAAUCCAAGGUGCUCCAGUAUCAGAUAGACGGCGCCAAAGGGAAAGAGGCAGAGGGAGCGAGAACAGAGGGAGAGUAUAAAGUGAAAACAAGACAGGGGAGUAGCAGCCUUCAGUCUGUGCUCAGCUCAGUACUGAUCUUACUGAAGGCUUCCUGCGCCAGCACCAUGGGAAAAUCAGCCUCAAAGCAGUUUGCUGCGGAGGUUCUCCAGUGCCAUAACGAGUACAGGAAAAAGCACCAGGCUCCGCCACUGAAGCUGAGCAGCAAGUUGAGCAGAGAGGCUGCUCGUUACGCUGAAAGUCUGGCCAGUACACGAAUCCUGAAACACAGUGUGGAGUCCAGUAGAGGGAGCUGUGGAGAGAACCUAGCAUGGGCCUCAUAUGAUCAGUCAGGGAAGGAUGUAGCAGACCGCUGGUAUGACGAGGUGAAACUGUACAACUUCAACCGGCCCGGAUUCUCCUCCGGCACUGGACAUUUCACAGCGAUGGUGUGGAAGAACACUAAAAAGCUGGGUGUCGGUAAGGCCACGGCGUCAGAUGGAUCUUCCUUUGUGGUGGCCAGAUACUUCCCAGCGGGAAACAUCACUAACCAGGGACACUUUGAGAACAACGUCCUCCAGGCUAAAAGCAACUCCUAAACAGGCAUUGAUCCCUCGACUGCCCUCAAGCCCCAAGGCAUUUAUUCCAUUGUCCAGGAGAGAAGUUGUCUGCCCGCACUGCUAUGGAAAAUACUCAGGAGAGCACCACUUCUUGCCUGGUAGAGAGCCAUCUUACAAUCUUGUAAGGACUUCAAAAGAUGAAAAGCACUCAGGCCUUAAGUUCUGUUCGGCAUUUUAAAGGGGCUUGCACAGCGCUUUAUUUAAAAUUAAAGACAUUGCUAACAUUUCCACUGACCAAUGGGGAUUGUAGAACUUUGAUAGCUGUUGCUAUUGCAUUUUAUUGUAUUUCCCUCAUUAACGCCAAUAUUUUCCUAUGUUUUUGCAACCGAGUGAGAGCUAAUCCAGUCAGAAUGACACAUUCACAUCGUUUCAUUUGACGCUCAUGACCCAACAAGCGCGCAUCAUUGUUUGUGUUAUUGUCACUACUUGUUAAAGCAGGCCCAGCGGUCCCAUGUCUACGUCUUGUACUCUAAUCCGUUUUGUACAAUAAAAUUGAUCAAUUGUUAAGAGAUGCACUUGGCAUCCA